UAAAAAGCGCAUGCAAAUUUGCAUAGAUCGUUGGGCAAACACUUGAAAUACGGGACAGGAUCGCAGGAUCGUCACGUUACCGUGCGAAAUGCCUGAGCAAGUAAAAUCCGCGGCCAAGAAGGGCUCAAAGAAAGCCGUCUCCAAGACUACUGCGAAGGGAGGAAAGAAACGUAGAAAGACCAGGAAGGAGAGCUAUGCGAUCUACGUGUACAAGGUCUUGAAGCAAGUGCAUCCUGAUACUGGUAUCUCUUCCAAAGCUAUGGGUAUCAUGAACUCCUUUGUGAACGACAUUUUUGAGCGUAUCGCUGGUGAGUCUUCCCGUUUGGCUCACUACAAUAAGCGUUCUACCAUCAGCUCAAGGGAGAUCCAGACUGCAGUGCGCCUUCUGCUGCCAGGAGAGCUGGCCAAACACGCAGUGUCUGAGGGUACAAAGGCCGUCACAAAGUACACCAGCUCCAAGUAACCUGUGAUGAAGCAUA